GCCGAACCAAAUCACCCUUACAAGCUUCUUCUGGUAAUUCUUUCAAAUUUGAAGCCUCCAGAAUCACUUUAGUGAAGCUUGUAGCUGUUGUGAAGGUUUAAUUACUUAAUUUCCACUAGUUUAGCUACCACUGCCUCCCACAGAAGCUAGGUCAUAUAUAUAUAUAGUGAAGCUUUUCAUAAUUUAGCUCAUCUCUCAAGCCAAUUGAAUUAAUAUGUCAUCAAAAAGAGGUUCAUUAUCAAGGAGGAAGGUUCCAUUGCUCAAGCUUUUCUCAUUUGCUGAUUUCUACGAUUAUGUGUUGAUGGCCGUUGGAUCUGUUGGUGCAUGCAUUCAUGGUGCAUCUGUUCCUAUUUUCUUUAUCUUCUUUGGAAAAAUUAUUAAUGUUAUUGCCUUGGUUUACCUUUUUCCCAAAGAAGCUUCUCACCAAGUUGCCAAGUAUUCAUUGGAUUUUUUGUAUCUAAGUAUAUUAAUAUUGUUUUCAUCAUGGGCAGAGGUAGCUUGUUGGAUGCAUACUGGAGAACGUCAAGCAGCAAAGAUGAGAAUGGCAUAUUUAAGAUCAAUGUUGAAUCAAGAUAUAAGUCUUUUUGAUACUGAGGUUUCAACUGGAGAGGUUAUUUCUUCUAUUACGAGUGACAUCUUAAUUGUUCAAGAGGCAUUAUCUGAGAAGGUUGGAAACUUUAUGCACUAUAUAAGUAGAUUUUUAGCGGGAUUUAUUAUCGGUUUUAUAAGAGUGUGGCAGAUAAGUUUAGUGACACUUGCAAUUGUUCCUUUGAUUGCUAUUGCUGGAGGCCUUUAUGCCUAUGUCACAAUUGGCCUUGUUGCAAAGGUUCGUAAAUCAUAUGUCAGAGCUGGUCAAAUCGCUAAAGAGGUUAUAGGAAAUGUAAGAACUGUACAAGCAUUUGGAGGAGAGGAAAGAGCAGUGAUAUCAUACAAAGUGGCUUUGAGGAACACAUAUAAGAAUGGUAGAAAAGCAGGUUUAGCAAAGGGCCUAGGAUUAGGCUCUAUGCAUUGUGUCCUUUUUCUAUCAUGGGCUCUUCUUGUUUGGUUCACCAGCAUUAUUGUUCAUAAAAAAAUUGCCAAUGGUGGACUGGCUUUCACUACUAUGCUCAAUGUCGUCAUUUCUGGCCUGUCACUUGGACAGGCAGCACCAGACAUUUCUGCAUUUAUCAGAGCAAAGGCAGCAGCUUAUCCCAUUUUUGAGAUGAUAAAGAGGGACACAGUUAGCAAAAACAGCUCGAAAAUCGGUCGGAAAUUAAUUAAACUAGAUGGUCACAUUCAACUUAUCAAUGUUUGUUUCAGUUAUCCAUCUCGCCCCGAUGUUGUUAUCUUCAACAAUCUUAGUCUUGAUAUUCCUUCAGGUAAAGUUUUGGCUCUUGUAGGAGGGAGUGGUUCAGGAAAAAGCACAAUUAUAUCACUGAUUGAACGUUUUUAUGAACCACUUUCUGGUCAAAUUCUAUUGGAUAGGAAUGAUAUAAAAGAACUUGAUAUAAAAUGGCUAAGACAUCAAAUUGGACUAGUUAAUCAAGAGCCUGCACUUUUUGCUACUAGCAUAAGGGAGAAUAUAUUGUAUGGUAAAAAUGAUGCAACAGUUGAAGAACUAAAUAGUGCUUUGGAACUUUCUGAUGCCAUGAAUUUCAUCAACAAUCUUCCUGAUGGAUUAGAUACUCAGGUUGGUGAAAGAGGGAUACAAUUAUCAGGGGGACAAAAACAAAGGAUCGCGAUAUCUCGUGCUAUAGUUAAGAAUCCAUCAAUCCUUUUACUAGAUGAAGCAACUAGUGCUCUUGAUGCAGAGUCUGAGAAAAGUGUACAAGAGGCUCUUGAUCGUGUCAUGAUUGGUAGAACAACUGUGAUAGUUGCACAUAGACUUUCUACCAUUAGGAAUGCAGAUAUAAUAGUUGUUGUUGAAGGAGGGAAUGUUGUGGAAAUUGGAAAUCAUGUGGAGCUUAUUUCCAAUCCAAAUAGUGUUUAUGCAUCUCUUGUUCAAGGUCACCCUUCUCCAGAUCCUUGCUUAGGACAAUCGUCAAGCAUAAAGAACUCAGUAGAAAUAUCCAAUACAGCAACUAUUGGUAGUAGUUUUCAUUCUGAUAAAGAAUCUACUAGCCAUGCAUGUGGUGAUGAAGCAAGAAGUGUUGAAAAAUCAAAGCAUGUCUCAUUAGCAAGAUUAUAUUCCAUGAUUGGUCCUUAUUGGUCUUAUGGAGUUUUUGGAACUUUAUCUGCUUUCAUUACUGGUGCUCUUAUGCCACUUUUUGCUCUUGGAAUCUCUCAUGCUCUUGUUUCUUAUUAUAUGGAUUGGCAUAACACACAACAUGAAGUGAAAAAAAUUGCUUUUCUUUUCUGUGGAGCAGCAAUUAUAGCUAUCACUGCAUAUUCCAUUGAACAUCUUUCUUUUGGAAUCAUGGGAGAGAGACUUACUCUUCGUGUCAGGGAAAUUAUGUUUUCUGCUAUUUUGAAGAAUGAAAUCAGUUGGUUUGAUGAUACAAGAAACACAAGUUCUAUGCUUUCAUCGCGUUUAGAGACUGAUGCAACUUUGUUAAAAACUAUAGUGGUUGACCGUUCUACAAUUCUCAUGCAGAAUGUUGGUUUAGUUGUUACUUCAUUUAUUAUUGCUUUCAUUUUAAAUUGGAGGAUAACACUUGUUGUCUUGGCCACAUAUCCUUUGAUAAUUAGUGGUCACAUUAGUGAGAAACUUUUCAUGCAAGGCUUUGGUGGAAACCUAAGCAAAGCAUAUCUAAAAGCAAACAUGUUGGCUGGGGAGGCAAUCAGUAAUAUAAGGACUGUGGCUGCAUUUUGUGCAGAAGAAAAAGUUAUUGACCUUUAUGUUGAUGAGCUUGUUGAGCCUUCUAAGCGUUCAUUCAAAAGAGGCCAAAUUGCUGGCAUAUUUUAUGGCAUUUCACAAUUCUUUAUUUUCUCAUCUUAUGGUCUAGCCUUAUGGUAUGGAUCAGUCUUGAUUCAAAAAGAGCUUUCUGGCUUUAAAUCAAUCAUGAAGUCAUUUAUGGUUUUAAUAGUAACAGCACUGGCUAUGGGGGAGACUUUGGCACUAGCACCAGACCUUUUGAAAGGGAAUCAAAUGGUUUCAUCAAUUUUUGAAGUGAUAGAUAGAAAAUCAGGAAUAAUACAUGGUGUUGGAGAAGAGUUGAAGACGGUGGAAGGAACAAUUAAGCUAAGAAGGGUCAAUUUUAGCUAUCCUUCAAGACCAAACAUUGUUAUUUUUAAUGAUUUCAAUCUAACAGUGCCUUCAGGGAAGAGUUUUGCCUUGGUCGGACAUAGUGGUUCUGGUAAAAGCUCAAUAAUCUCCCUUAUACUUAGAUUCUAUGAUCCAACAUCUGGGAAGGUGAUGAUUGAUGGAAAAGACAUCAAGGAGAUUAAUUUGAAAUCCCUAAGGAAGCAUAUUGGUCUAGUGCAACAAGAACCAGCUCUUUUCGCAACAUCAAUUUUCAAAAACAUUCUAUAUGGAAAAGAAGAAGCCUCUGAAUCAGAAGUGAUUGAAGCAGCUAAACUAGCCAAUGCUCAUAAUUUCAUCAGUGCUCUUCCUCAAGGGUACUCAACCAAAACAGGCGAGAGAGGAGUUCAACUAUCUGGUGGCCAAAAACAAAGGGUAGCCAUUGCAAGAGCUAUUCUAAGAAACCCCAAAAUAUUACUGUUGGAUGAAGCUACAAGUGCACUAGAUGUAGAAUCAGAGAGUAUUGUGCAGCAAGCUCUAGACAAGUUGAUGCAAAACAGAACAACAAUUAUAGUGGCACAUAGGUUAUCCACAAUAAAAAAUGCAGAUCAAAUAUCUGUUUUGCAAGAUGGAAAGAUUAUUGAGCAAGGCACUCAUUCAAGUCUUUUAGAGAACACAGAUGGAGCUUAUUUCAAAUUAGCUAGUCUACAACAACAACUACAUGUACAAGAGCAUAAUUGGUGAAAUAGCAAAAUAAUCAGCACUUUUUUAAUACUUGCUACCACACUUUUUAAUGCUCUGACCUUUAUCAUAAGCUCAUUUUGCAUGAUAUACAGUUGCUAUGCAUGAUGUUGAUUUGACAAUAGUUUGCUCAAAUUGCUUAGAAAAGUGAGCAAACUAUAGAUCUUGUGUAUUCAAUUUGUGCCAUAAUUAGAUGUUUUGUGAAGAGACAA